UCUAGGCGCACUGCCAGCGUUUACGAUGCAGUUGCAGGACGUGUCACGCAGGCAGGGCUGAUUGGUAAUGUCACGGACGUGAAGAGCUCACGACAGCCUCUUCGCCCCGACGAGGUCCUCUUCAAGCAAGCCAACGCGCCAAUCCGGUACGAGGAAACCGACUACUACAACGCACAUGCCCGCCUGCCUGCCAACCAACAGCUCCCAAGUGGCGACCUACUGACCGCAAUCCACGCGUAUGUGUCGAAGCUCUAUUCGCGGACCGCAGAAGGCGACAUCCAGCCUGCUUACAAGAGCAUGGACGAGACUGCACUGAUCGCUUUUGGGAUUCUUAUGGAAGAGACGGCGCGAGAAGUACUUGGCGAGACGGGCGACUUUGCAUUCGUUGAAGCCGCCGAC